AUCCGAGCCGAGUCCUUUCCUUCUACAUUCGGUGUGAAGAGCAAAACGCGAAUUUCAACACAUUUUACUGCUUAGCAACGUAAACAAAGCGAGUGUCAAAACAUCGUUUUACUUGCGCAUACUUAAUUGUAGCAGAAACGCGUUGGUCAUGCAACAGGAUCUAUUUUUCCCCUUUUGUUUAUGCAGCAUCAAACGACACGCGAUAGGUUCCGGCGGUCAUCAACUAUUCAAGAUGGUAGACCUGUCAAUGUAAAAGACAGGCUAAAGACCCAACCCCAACAACGUCAACCUGAAGAAAGAAAAAUGCCUAUUUCCAUGUCGUUCACGCUUGAAGGUCACGAGAAACAUUACGUAAAACUGGCAUGCAGUGGUGUAGAGGUUGGGUGAGAAUGACACGUGUUGCUUCAUUAUCAAGCAGACCCAUCCCCAGCAACGUCUACCUAAAGAAGGAAAGGCCAGUUUGCAUUUCAAUCGAAGGUCAUGGAGAUCAUUACGAAAAGGUGUCAUACAGUGGAGAAGAGGUUGGGUGAGAACGUUAAUUAUGGCGUUGUGUUGCUGUUGGUUGUUGUAUCGUUGAUGUCGACCAUGAGAGAAAGUCUUUUAAAAGGAAAGAAAAAGGGCAACGGAAGUCAAUCGAGUGAGCAUCUCCGACCGGCAGCAGCUGCAUUCUUCGUCGUAUCAUCAGGUCACAAUCACGGUCUGGUUAACUAUGCUGUCGUGCUGCUAUUGGUUGCUGUAUCGUCGAUGGCUGGGUGGACGGAUGGUGUUCCGAUGUCUCCUGGAUAAGGCGGAUACCAAACCGCACGCCGCCGCCUUACUACACAACAACAUACGCAACGACCAGUUACUACACCGAGGUUGCACUGUUGGGUUUACAGUUAAACCACCAAGGAUCCAGAUUAUUACACCACAACUUGUGCUGCUCCUCGAGCUACACUACCAAGACGCUAAAGUACUACACCGAGGCUCCCAAGUACAACACCACCAAUGCAUCUGAGACUACGCAACUACGUAUGCUGCCCCAAACAACGACACCGAGGCUUCAGCUUAUUACACCACCAAAGCUGUCGAAUACUACACAGGAGCGCCCAAGUACCAUAGAAAUCAGUCGAGUUCUCUGACACCCAACGCGGCAGCCCUGAAGUUUCGAAUAAACUUCGCUUCAAACAGUGAAACGGCGAAGAGUGAAGACGAAUUCUACUGCAAUCCCGUCGAAUUGAAUAGCAAAGACAACACAUUCGUACGUGUACACCGCGUAGUUAAACUUGACAUUGUUGGUCGGAAAGCCGAACUUGACGAUGGCCGUACCAUCACCUACGAUAGUACGAUAAGUGCGUUAUUGCCACAGGUAGUAAACAAAAAUCUUUUCCAAUCCCUGAGCGGUGCCCUUAAAGAUGUCCACGAGCACGUCACGCUGUCCCCCAACAUCGAUGGCGCUAACACAUGCCGAGUCCUCUAAAUGUUUAACCAAUGGACAACCGAGAAGGUGAAAGCGGAAAGUGUUAAUGUGUUGCCCAAAACUUAUGUUGAGGCUGAAAUUUUGGAAGACGACGAGGUUGCAUUGAUCUUAUACGAUGGUCAAAAGAUUUAAACUGACCAUGGCGUCUCUGUUGUCGGUUAGGACGCAAACACGGAUUUGGCUGUCGCUUCUGGUUUGGAAAUAGAUUCGAAUUCCGGUGGUUAUCGGGUCAAUACCGAGCUCGAAGCACGAUCGACCAUCUGGCUGGCCGGAGAUGCUGCCUUCUUUUGUGAUAUCAAAUUGGGUCGUCGUCGUAGGGAAUAUCAUCACUUUGCUGUUGUAUCAGGUGAUUGGCUGGAGAGAACAAUACUGGCAACUAAACAUGGAUGAACAACUGCAGUGUACUCUUCCCAAGUGCUUUCUUCUUCGUAUUAUCAGUACGCAAUCGGUUGAUGAUGGUGUCGUGCUGUUGCCGUUUGUCGUAUCGUUGAAGGCUGGGUCGAUCACUGGUGUACCGAUGUCUCCUGGGUAUGGUGGAUACCAAAGCACCACACCGCUGCCUUACUACACAACGACAACAUUCGCACCAACCGGUUAUUACACUGAGGCUCACAAUUACUACAUCACCAAGGCUCCAGAAUAUUACACCGCAGAUAACGCUUCCCCGAGCUACAUCAUCAAAGAUCCUGAGUACUACACCGAGGCUCCCAAGUGCUACACCACCAAGUCACCGGAGUACUACACGUAUGUUGCCCCAGCUUACUACACCGAGGUUUCCAAGAAUUAUUUAGUUCCUAGCUACUACACCGAGGCUCCAACUUAUUACACCACCAAAGCGGUUGAAUACUACACCGAGUCACCCAAUUACUGCACCACCAAGGCUCCAGAGUAUUACACCACAACUUGUGCUACCCCGAGCCACUACACCGAAGCCCCGAAGUAUUACUCUGCCCCAAGCUACACAACUGCAACUGAGGCGGCCAAGUAUUACGCAGCCCCGACUAACUACACAGCGGAUGUUCCUUCGUACUACGUUGAACCGGAAUACUACACCGAGGCUCCAGUUUACUACACCACAACCUACGCUACACUUUCUACACACUACACCGAGGCCCCUAUGUACUACACUACCAAGGCACCUGAGUAUUAUAACGCUACUUACGCUGCUCCGACCAACUACACCGAAGCUCCGAAGUAUUACUCUAUCCCGAGUUACUACACCACUGAGGCACCUGAAUAUUACACCACACCCUACGCUUCUCCAACUUACUACAGGGACGUUUCUGAAUACUAAAGUUGAAUUUUCAAUUUUAAUAAUUAUGUUCAUAUUUGUCGGUCAUAUCUCAAUAAUUACUAGUCACUGGGAAUUGUUGAUCUUAAAAAAUAAAUAAAAUAUUGUUAACCUGGGUAAUCAUUUUGUACGACUUGUCUUGCCACCUAAAAGCCUUUGACAUUGACACGUUUUCUGAUUUUUGUUGGAUCUUUCCUAUUUCGUAUGUUGGUGGUGACUAUUGCUCUAUUCGCUCUGCAUUCCGACAUGUUCUAGUGUUUGGACGAACUUUAUUUACAGGGCAAGAUUCGAAAGAAACGUGGUGUUAACUAAAAAUUUUCGAUGUUAACAGUUCUGUUUUUAACUUAAGUUGGGGUAAAAAAAGGUGUUGUAGAUAAUGUUUGGUUUGUCACAGCAAUUUAUUUGAAGAAUCUGAAGAUGAUCAGUCACAAAAAUAUACAAGUCUUUUUUAUUACAA